AUGCUGUGCUCGUUGAGGGCAGCCCGGAUGAGCGUGCCGCCAUCGCGCAUGGUGGCAGGAUCCACAACCAAGAUGUCGGCAGCAAUGUUGCGCACAGCACAGCUGUCGACGAGCGCGGCUCGCCGCCAGGCGACGCCCGCACCUGAGCCGCCCAAAAUGGUCAAGCUGACCAUCAACGGCAAGGAGGUCGAGGUCGAGCAAGGAACGGCUCUCAUUCAAGCUUGUGAGAAAGCAGGCUACCAGAUCCCGCGCUUCUGCUACCAUGAGCGGCUGAAUGUGGCAGGAAACUGCCGUAUGUGUCUGGUGGAAAGUAAGGGUGCGCCGAAGCCACUAGCUUCAUGUGCAUUCCCAGCCAUGCCAGGCCAGCAGAUCUUUACGGAGUCGCCGGUAGUGGCGAAGGCUCGCGAGGGUGUGAUGGAGUUCUUGCUGAUGAACCAUCCAUUGGAUUGCCCCAUUUGCGACUGGGGUGGUGAGUGUGACCUGCAGGACCAAUCGAUGCGCUAUGGCAAGGACCGCUCGCGAUUCCACGAGACGUCCGGGAAGCGCGCUGUAGAAGACAAGUACCUGGGCCCCCUCGUCAAGACAGUGAUGACCCGUUGCAUUCAGUGCACGCGCUGUGUGCGGUAUGCAAACGAAGUGGCUGGAGUGCAGGACCUCGGUACAACUGGUCGAGGCAAUCAGAUGCAGAUCGGCAUGUACGUCGAGAAGAUGUUCGAUUCAGAGAUGUCCGGCAACAUGGUCGACCUGUGCCCCGUUGGCGCACUUACGUCGCGCCCCAAUGCCUUCCAGGCACGUCCUUGGGAGUUGAAGAAGAUUGAGUCGAUUGACGUGCUUGACGCUGUUGGCAGCAACAUCCGUGUGGAUGCCCGCGAUCUGCAGGUCAUGCGGGUGCUGCCACGCACGAACGACGAUGUGAAUGAAGAGUGGAUCAAUGACAAGACACGCUACGCGUGUGAUGGUCUUAAGUACCAGCGUCUUACAGUGCCUCUGAUCCGCCAGGACGACCGCUUCGUACCGGCGUCAUGGCCUGAGGCGCUUCAGGCAAUUGCGCGUGGCCUCGAAGCCAGCGGUGCUAGCGGCCAUGAGAUUCAGGGUGUUGUCGGUGCGCUGGCCGAUGCCGAGUCGAUGACGAUGCUGCGUGAACUUCUGCACCGCUUGGGCUCCGAGAACCUCGUGACGGACGAGCCCCUUGGCGACAAGGCCCCUGUCAAUGGCGUGGAUAUCCGCUCGAACUUUGCAUUUAACACAGGCAUUGCUGGCCUGGAUGAGGCUGACUACGUGAUUAUGAUCGGUACAAACCCACGCCACGAAGCCACCAUCAUCAACACUCGCUUGCGCAAGGGCUACCUGCACAAUGGCCUAGACCUGGCCGUCAUUGGCGAGAAAAUCGAUCUCACAUACGAAUACGACCACCUCGGCACGGACGCGCAGGCUGUGGCUGACCUGGCCGCUGGCAAGGGCCGUGGUGCGGAGCGGCUGAAGACGGCCCAGAAGCCCCUCGUCAUUGUCGGCAGCGGUGUAGCCGACCACCCAGACGGCGCGGCGGUGCUGAAGAGUGUGGCUCAGCUUGUCCUGUCGAACAAGAACAAGUUCUUGACAUCGGAGUGGAACGGCUUCAACUUCCUUCACCGUGCUGCAUCGCGCAUGGCUGCCCGCGAGAUGGGUAUCCAGGGCGCAGCGGCUGAAGGCGCACGCACUCCAAAGUUCAUGUACCUGCUCAAUGCUGACGACAUUUCUGCGACCAAGAUUCCUCAGGACGCCUUUGUCGUGUACCAAGGCCACCACGGUGACGUUGGCGCGCAGUUUGCAGAUGUCUGUCUUCCAGGCCUUGCGUACACGGAGAAGAGCACCACAUAUAUGAAUACCGAGGGCAGGACGCAGAUGACGCGUGCAGCUGUGUCGGGUGCUGGUGCUGCGCGGGAGGACUGGAAGAUCCUUCGUGCGCUCUCAGAGGUUAUGGGACACACGCUGCCAUAUGAUGAUGUGACGGCCGUGCGCGACCGCAUGUUUGAUAUUUCGCCGGCGCUUGUGCGUUACGACGCAUGCGAAAGCACAAGUGCUGAGACGGCGGCGCUUGGCCUGGAGCAGCUGGCGUCGUCUCCUGCUGCAUCGUCAGCGACAGGCUUGCCACUACACCUUCCUAUUGAUAACUUCUACCAGACGGACCCAGUAUCGCGUGCGUCGCCGACGAUGGCCAAGUGUGUCCAGGCGUUCGUGCUGAAGACACCUUCGUUCCAGGAAAAGUAUGCGACCGCAUCUGCUUCGCCAUAG